AUGUAUGAUCUUCUCGACUCACGACUCGGAGGCAAUCGCGAACGGUCACGCAGUCAGGCGGUCCGUUACACCCCCUGGGAGUGGGAAACCAACAGGUCUCGUUCGCGACAAGAUGAACAACGGUGCAUAGAGAGCUUCCCUCGCCUAGCACUGACAACUAUUCCAGACGGCCGACCUCCAACCCGAGAGCAGUGCCCUCCACCGCUUAUCAAGUACAGCCACAGUCCCGAGAGCUACAUGGCCGCGCUUGAGCUCGUCAUGCCCAGGCAGCAAGCCCGCAGCCUCCUCGAUGAAGUGCGCGCAAUGGCCGAAAAAUAUCUAGACAUGACCAAGGGCGUCAGACAGCAGCGGCAGGACGUGUGGGAGGGGUUUAUAGCAGAUACCUGUGCCAGGUGGCCUGUGUUCGCCCGAUACGAAUCCGCAUUCCCUCUGAGGCGGUACAUGUCUGGGAUCCUGAUAAAGGCGAGCGCGCGCGCAGCAAGGCGCGCUACGAAGAGCGUAAUCAGCGCAAAGCCUGGCGCAGACGCAAGGAAAGAGGCACCGCGAAAGCCGUACGUUGACAUUGUCAAGAGGCCAAUCACGAGAAGCCAGGUCUCGAACAAGGGUAAGAUACCUCCUGCGAAGACGAGCAACCCUCAGUCCACGAGGCAGACCGGGGACACCGAAGUGACAGUGUCCAAGAGUACGUGGGCCAACAGCGAGGCAUCGUGGCCGAAUGCUAGCAAUGCCGCCGCCCCGUCAGUCGCGGGUCCAUCAGUGCCGUCUCCAUCCCAGACCGCGCCGUCCGCGCGACCCGCACCAACCGUCUCUCCAUCCGCCGAACACACCGUCCAGGCCUUCCUCCGCGGGCUGAAACCCAACCUAGAAUACACCUACCCCGUCCUCCGAGCAUACGGCAUCACGCUGUGGGAGGACCUGGAGGCGUUCAGGUGCUGGAGCCGCGAGAGCCAGGAGGGGGUCCUGCGCCAGUUCGUGCGUGACGAGAAGCUUACCGGGUUCGAGUGCGAUGUCCUCCUGCGAGCAUUGAAUACCCGCGCGGAGAGGGAUCAAGCGAUGAGAUACCGGGAUGGGAGUCAAGGAACACCGAAGACGCCACAACAAACACGGGUCAGCCGGGGCAACGACACAUCCUGUGUCCAAUUACCCAAUACGGUCACGUUUGCCACCGGAGCGAAUGCAUACACCCCGUAUAGAACCGACCGACGAGAAAAGUUCAGGGAGGAGCGAAUAAGCAGCCAGAAAUCCGUCCACAGCGAAAGGUUGCGGGAGCAGGAGGAGGGCGACGUGGUGGUGAUGGUGGUGGUAACAAACAAAGAGGUGCCGGCAAACUCCGGUCGGCAGACGUACCAAUCUUACCAGAGUUUCCGUCACAACCUCCGAGCUCUUCAACGUUCUCAACUACUGUCGCAUCGUCCAGAUCCAGAAGACGACAUUAUACCCUUUGACGCCGACCAUGACGCUCUCAUUUCGUGCUAUAUCGAUGCGCUGCCAUGA